UCAAGACCUGCUAGCUCUGAAUUCUGCCUGCUGUGGAUGAAAAUCUAGGAUCUAAAAAUUAUUGGUCUCUGCUCUGCAUCACAGCCAUCUGGCAUUUGGUCCUUUUUUUCCAAGGUGGAAAAAUGAAUGGUAUUCAAGCUGCGUUGCUUCUGCCUGGAUUUACAAAAGUAGAUGAGGAAGCAGAGAGAAGGAUGCAGAGUUUCAUCUAUCGGCAAUAAUCAAAAGAGGAAUGAAAAUACAACUUAAAAUCUGCCUUCUGAUCAUUUUGUGGCUUUCGUUUGAGCAAGUGCUGCAAGAUGUGUCUGCAGGCAUCAGUCCAACUUCUCAAAAAAAUGGCUCAUCAAUCUCUGAUGCAAACCUGAUGUUUGAGUUCUUGUUGGGCGGGGUUGAGAUGGACCAGGACAACAACAUCGUCCUGCUGGACAAGGAGAUGGCAUCGAUGAGGCCGGGCAGGGCUUUUCUAUCUCAGAUCAAUGAUAACAUCCCCAGAAGUCAGAGAUCCAUGGUGCAGAUGGUGACCACACUGAAGGAUCAGAGGAUGAGGAAGCCGCUGACUCAGGAUCAGUUCGACGGUCUCGUCCUGAGCAUGGUGUACUCUGCCCAGCAGGUCUCGCAUCAGGAGAGAAGAGAGGAACAGGAGGCCUGGAGUGAGGUGCUCUUCCAGCUGGCAAACGUUACGGUCCAUGAACUACGUGGAAGUUAUCUCUUCAAUUAUGCAUGAUGCACAAACUGCCAUUCUGUAUGAAAUAAAGGUGUAUGCAAUAAAUCACUUGCCUCAAAUCUUCCUGUAAUGUGUAUUCAUAACAAAAAAGCUUUAAAAUAUAUGUAGGAAA